CAAAUACGGCGCGAAGAAGAAGUGGCCCGGUGUAGUUCGCUGAUCUGCUGGACUGAGGCUAACUUGGUAGUAGUAGUCACAGAGUUGUAAAAUAGUAUAUUAACGCUAAGAGGGGUGGUUACAGAACAGCACACAUCAACAAGUGGACAGGUUUAAAGGCUGGCACACGAAUUCCGGACCUUUAAAUAGUGAGAACAGCUGCUUAGCUAUCAUUUAGCAGGCUAGCUGGAGAGUUUCUGAAGAGGAUUGUCGGGUUCGUUUGAUCCAGUCAUGUCUACGGCCGGAGACUUCGGAAACCCUUUAAGAAAAUUUAAACUGGUCUUUCUUGGGGAACAGAGUGUGGGAAAGACUUCAUUGAUCACCCGGUUUAUGUAUGACAGCUUUGAUAACACAUAUCAGGCAACAAUAGGGAUAGAUUUCCUUUCAAAGACCAUGUACCUCGAAGACAGAACAAUUCGGUUGCAGCUGUGGGACACGGCGGGGCAGGAGCGAUUUCGCAGCCUGAUCCCAAGUUACAUCAGAGACUCGGCUGCUGCUGUCGUAGUUUACGACAUCACAAAUGUCAACUCUUUCCAGCAAACUACAAAGUGGAUCGAUGAUGUGAGAACGGAGAGAGGAAGUGAUGUCAUUAUUAUGUUGGUGGGAAACAAGACAGAUCUUGCAGACAAAAGACAGAUAACCACAGAGGAAGGAGAACAGAGAGCAAAAGAGAUGAAUGUUCUGUUUGUUGAGACCAGUGCAAAGACAGGCUACAAUGUCAAACAGCUGUUUCGCCGUGUGGCAGCUGCCCUUCCUGGGAUGGACACCACACAGGACAAGAGCAGAGAGGACAUGAUCGACAUCAAGUUGGAGAAACCGCUCGAGCAGUCCGCCAGCGAAGGAGGCUGUUCCUGCUAAUGGACUCAUCUUAGUUUGGGGCUUUUUCUGAGACCCGGUCCGUUUCUCUGUAUAUACCCUCCACUACACCUGCCUCAGUUCCCCAGCCUAACAACACUACAGCCGUCUCAUCGGGAUGCUCUGAAAGCCACAUAUCACUACAAUUUGACAUUUGCACUGUAACAAAACCAUACUCACACCUGCCACCUCUGUUCACCUCAGGUGAAGAUAGUUGCUCUGUGUUAUUUGGUCUUGAAAAUCUUUGCCUCCUUUUUUACCCAAGCAGUUAAAUACUAAAAAUUUCUGCAUUGUGCUUUUUUCUUUUAUUAUGGCAAAAAACACAAAUAUUCCUUUAAGUUUAAUUAGCAGAGUGGGUGUUAUAGAAUUUGUCAACUAACAUCAUUUUAACUAAUUCCAGUUGAAACAGACUGACAAGAAUUAUUUUAUUUUAACUUCUGAAAUAAAUAAAAAUAAUAAUAAUCUGAGGCUCAUUUAAGUUAAUCAACAUGUUCCGAAUAGAGACGUACAGCAGUACUGAGAUGCUUUUUAUUAAAAUGGGCUAGUGGACACUGAAUCUACUACACACCUGAGUGUGUGGCCAUACUACAAACUGUCCUGCACAUCCUCUGAAAUGUUUCUUUAAAACUAGUUUUUGUUGCUUUUUACACCUUUUUUAUUUAGUUUUCUGUUCUUAAUUGGAGCAUUGUGCUGAUAUUUCCCCCUAAAGAGUACAGCUACAGUACCAGACUACAGCUUCUUUUUUUUUACUGCUGGUGUCUAAGGAUCAUCUCUUCUAACCCGCCAUGAACAUCACUGAUGAGAAGUAAACCCGCAGAGGGCUUCCUUGUCUUUACUUUUCAAACCAUUUAUGAAAACAAACUUUCUGAGCUUUGUUUUAUUCUGCUUGUUUUUACUUGUUGAUCUUUUGUCAGUGAUAAGUCAGCACACAUAUUUAAUCCACAAUGACUUGAAGUAUUUAUUUCUAUUGAAUUCAUGCAUCUUUUUUAUGGCUGUUAAUAUUGCCUCUUCAUGGUAAUGAUUUCCAAAUCUACUAAGAUAUGCAUUCACCUUCUGGACACCUUUUACGUCGUCGGUGAGGGUCUGCCGUUUGUCACUUUGAAGUGGGAGUUCGAUCACGUUGAUGGUAUUGUGCAAUUUUUCUGUGUGAACUUAUGGAGGAGAGUCCAAUACGUAUAGCAUAGUAGUCCUAACGUUUCUGUCUGGAAUGGUUUUAAUUGAAAGAAUAAAUAGAUAUACUCUUGUUUCCA